GGCACGUGCGCGCUCCAUGGGGUCCCCCGGGAUCACACGCCACAGCCCACAGCUGCCUCCUCAGGAGCGCAUCCGGCGGCUGAGGAAUCGCACGGAUCGCCGGUCGGGAAGCAGACCCCAGUCCGCAGCGCUUGCCCUGCAGUCCGGAGGCGGCUGUGCAAGUCUGGGAGCAGCGAGACCCGCUGACUUCCUGAGCCGGCUCCGCUGCGGUGCGGAUGCGCGCGCCUGCCUCCCGGGGCGCAUCUUUGAUCCCUGUGCUAAUUGCGCUGCUCCUUUGGGGAACACAGCCGUGGGGCCCGGCGCUCCCUGAUUAGAGCUGGCGCAGGGCCAUGCAGCGCCUCAGGUCCCAGCUGGGAGCGGGGCUUCGUUACCGCCCAGCUGCCGGAGCACACCAGCUCACCCCGGAGGCUGGAGCUCGGUGGAUCCGCAGCGGCUGCCCGGUGAGCAGGGUCGGCGGUGCGCGGACUCUCCGGCCUGUUAAGCUCACUCCUCGCUGGACCUGAGACUCCUCCGACCUCGGGAGCUGAGGAUGAGGUUCCCAUGGGAGCUGCUGCUGCUGCCGUCUCUCGCCUGGUGCCUCGCAGACGACCGCGUGCUGCACGGCCCAGUUUUCGUCCAGGAGCCCAGUCACGUGAUGUUCCCUUUGGACUCCGAGGAGAGGAAGGUCAAGCUCAGCUGUGAGGCUGAAGGGACGCCCAAGCCUCUCAUCAGGUGGAAGUUAAAUGGAACAGAUGUUGACGUUGGUAUGGAUUUCCGCUACAGUGUUGUGGAAGGCAGUCUGUUGAUCAAUAACCCCAAUAAGACCCAAGAUGCCGGAACGUACCAGUGCAUAGCAACCAACUCGUUCGGAACAGUCGUGAGCAGAGAAGCAAAGCUCCAGUUUGCCUACCUGGAGAACUUCAGGACGCGAACAAGAAGCACGGUGUCGGUCCGCCGAGGUCAGGGGAUGGUGCUGCUGUGUGCGCCGCCGCCCCACUCUGGAGAGCUGAGCUACGCCUGGAUCUUCAACGAGCGCCCCUCCUACCAGGACAGCCGCCGCUUCGUCUCGCAGGAGACGGGCAACCUGUACAUUGCCAAAGUGGAGCCGUCGGACGUCGGCAAUUACACCUGCGUGGUCACCAACACGGUGACGAACCAGAGAGUCCUGGGGCCCCCCACGCCGCUGGUACUGAGAGACGACGGGGUGAUGGGCGAGUAUGAGCCCAAGAUCGAAGUGCAGUUCCCAGAAACAGUCCCGACCUCCAGGGGCGCCACGGUCAAGCUGGAGUGCUUCGCCCUCGGAAAUCCUGUACCAACCAUCACCUGGCGAAGAGCAGACGGAAAGCCCCUGGCCAGGAAGUCCCGGAGGCACAAGUCCAGCGGGGUCCUUGAAAUCCCCAACUUCCAGCAGGAGGACGCUGGGCUGUACGAGUGUGUGGCGGAAAAUUCCAGAGGGAAGAAUGUGGUGCGGGGCCAGCUGACUUUCUACGCCCAACCCAGCUGGAUUCAAAAAAUCAAUGAUAUCCACGUGGCCAUGGAAGAGAGUGUCUUUUGGGAAUGUCGGGCAAACGGCAGGCCCAAGCCUACAUACCGGUGGCUCAAAAACGGCGAACCGCUGCUGACUCGGGACAGGAUUCAGAUCGAGCAGGGGACGCUCAACAUAACCGUGGUGAACCUGUCGGACGCGGGCAUGUACCAGUGCGUGGCGGAGAAUGAACACGGGGCCGCCUUCUCCAGCGCGGAGCUCAGGGUCAUAGCCGCGGGUCCAGACUUUUCAAGGACGCUUCUGAAGAGAGUCACUCUGGUCCGAGUGGGCGGGGAGGCCGCCAUCGAGUGCAACCCCAAAGCGUCGCCGAAGCCCGUGUACACCUGGAAGAAAGGACGCGACGUGUUGCGGGAGAGCGAAAGAAUCACCAUCUCUGAAGACGGGGACCUCAGAAUCGUCAACGUGACGAAGGCCGACACCGGAAGCUACACCUGCAUAGCCACCAACCAUUUCGGAACGGCCAGCAGUACUGGCAACUUGGUCGUCAAAGAUCCGACACGCGUGACGGUGCCCCCGUCCAGCAUGGAUGUCACUGUGGGAGAGAGCAUCGUCCUGCCGUGCCAGGUGACACACGAUCACUCGCUGGACAUCGUGUUCGCUUGGUCGUUUAAUGGACGCCUGAUAGACUUCGACAAGGACGGCGACCACUUUGAGAGAGUCGGAGGGCAGGACUCGGCCGGGGAUCUGAUGAUCCGGAACAUUCAGCUGACGCACGCCGGGAGGUACGUCUGCAUGGUCCAGACGAGCGUGGACAGGCUCUCGGUGACCGCCGACCUCGUCGUGAGAGGCCCCCCAGGCCCCCCCGAGGCUGUGACCAUCGACGAAAUCACAGACAGCACCGCUCAGCUGUCCUGGAGGCCCGGGCCCGACAACCACAGCCCCGUCACCACGUACAUCAUUCAAGCCCGGACGCCGUUCUCCGUGGGCUGGCAAGCUGUCAGCACAGUCCCCGAGCUCAUCGACGGGAGAACCUUCACAGCGACCGUGGUGGGCUUGAGCCCCUGGGUGGAGUACGAGUUCCGCACAGUUGCAGCCAACGUGAUCGGGAUCGGCGAGCCCAGCCGGCCCUCGGAGAAACGGCGGACGGAGGAGGCCCUGCCGGAGGUCACCCCAGCCAACGUCAGCGGCGGUGGAGGCAGCAAAUCUGAGCUGGUUAUAACCUGGGAGACGGUGCCCGAGGAGCUGCAGAACGGCAGAGGCUUCGGCUACGUGGUGGCCUUCCGGCCGUACGGCAAGAUGAUCUGGAUGCUGACGGUGCUGGCGUCCGCCGACGCCUGCAGAUACGUGUUCCGGAAUGAGAGCGUGCGCCCCUUCUCUCCCUUCGAGGUGAAAGUGGGUGUCUUCAACAAUAAGGGGGAGGGCCCCUUCAGCCCCCCCACGGUGGUGUAUUCCGCAGAUGAAGAGCCCACCAAGCCGCCAGCCAGCAUCUUUGCCAGGAGCCUUUCAGCCACAGACAUCGAAGUCUUCUGGGCCUCUCCCCUGGAGAAGAACCGAGGGCGGAUACAAGGUUAUGAGGUUAAAUACUGGAGACACGAAGACAAGGAAGAAAAUGCUAGGAAGAUAAGAACCGUCGGAAACCAGACGUCUACAACAAUCACCAACUUACAAGGCAGCGCGCUGUAUCACCUGGCCGUCAAGGCCUACAACUCCGCGGGGACAGGGCCCGCCAGUGCCACCGUCAACGUCACAACCAGGAAGCCGCCGCCGAGCCAGCCCCCCGGAAACAUCAUCUGGAAUUCAUCCGACUCGAAAAUCAUCCUGAACUGGGAUCAGGUGAAGGCUCUAGAGAACGAGUCGGAAGUGAAAGGAUACAAAGUCCUGUACCGGUGGAGCAGGCAGAGCAGCACGUCCGUCAUUGAGACGAACAAGACGUCGGUAGAACUCUCCCUGCCCUUCGAUGAAGAUUACAUCGUAGAGAUCAGGCCGUUCAGCGAGGGCGGCGACGGCAGCAGCAGCGAGCAGAUCCGAAUUCCCAAGAUCUCAAACGCCUACGCCCGGGGAUCCGGGGCCGCGACUCCCAGCGCGUGCACGCUCUCGGCCAUCAGCACCAUCAUGUUGUCCCUCACAGCCAGGUCCAGCUUAUGACGAAGGGGCCGCAGGACUGGCCGCGGUGACGUAGGCGACACGUAGCUAGCUGUUUUGAAGACGCCCAGUGCUGAGUCCUAUCGUUGUUCGAGUACAUCUUAUUACUGGAAAAAAAAUGUUUCUUGCUUCUUUAGGAAUGGCGUUCUCUAGUACUUCCUCAAGGCAAACCUGGCUGUGUCUGAGUUUCCCGGAAACUGGAACGCACUGCAGACAUCCGCGGAACGAUGCGACCAAAGCAGUUUACAUAUGUCCUUAUAUGCAUAUUUUUAUUAUAUAUUUAGUGUUUUAUAGAAUUUUUUAAAGUUAACAUAUAAUGUAGAUAUUAAUUUUUUCCUCUGCUAUAAAAUGCUACGGGCAACACAACCAUACAUUAUGAUUUCCAGAUUUUUCCUUUAAGGACCAAGUUCGAGACUCACCCUGGUGGAUGCGCUGCAGGUCACGUGUACAGUUCUACAAGGACCUAACGGCAGAGUGGCUGCAGUCCGGCGCGGGCCUGCGGGUGGCCGGGGCUCCUGGGGACUGGUUGUGUGCUGGAGGGACGCGGUGGUCUCCCGCCCGUCGUAGCUGGCUCAGCACUCCUGGGGGCAGCCCAGGAAUGGCCGCGGCCUCGCAAGCUGAGAUGCCAGUGCGAGGCAGCCGUCUGCAGGUCCAGCCUCGCACGCCAAGGCGUUCUUGUCUCUCAGCCGAGUCCGGGCCGUCUCCGUCGUAGCAUUCCCUUAGCCGUGACGUCACCCUGCAGUGACACCGACCGGAAGUCCCUGUAUCCACCAAGGAGAAAGGACGACGUUGCUGUCUUCAGGUCUAUCUGUUUCGAAUGUCGAUUUUUAAAAGCAGUCACUCUCUGUCAACAGGUUCGCGAUUCCCUUACAAAAUUUCUUAUCUGUCCCGUGUGUGUCCCUGGGCUCAUAGCGCCCUUCUUUGGAAUCAGAACCAAGUGAGGCGCUUGGAAGAGCUCUCCCAUUUGAGCAAACAGAGUUGCCAUAGAGAAUUUUGCCCGGACCCCGCCGAAGCUCUGCGGUACGGUGGCGCGGUGCCCGGUGAGGGUCCUGUUCUGUAGCGGCCUCGUGGCUCUGUAAGCUCUGCCCCCUAGUCUCAGGCUCACACCUGGGAAACAACAACAGCGACCAAGCUGUACUCUCGCGAGAUCUGUGUGCGGUGGGGAGUUCUGUGAGCCGACACUGACCAGUUCAUCUGCGCCGUCUAAGGCGAUGAGAUUCUCUACGGCAGAAUUCAGAGGUCCACCUGCUGCCACCUUUUCUCCUUUCUCUGAGAGCUCAAAUUUGCCUGUAAUUUGUCAUUUUUGCUUACCAAUAAUACAACUUGUCAGCCUUCUCCUUAUAUUUAUCCAAUGAAGUCGUAAUCAGGUUUCCACUUGUGUAAAAAUUUAGGGUGGCAAUCGGGGGAAAACGAUUGUCAAUACUUCACGCUGUGUUCGUUUCUUGGAUUGGUACAGUUGCUUCUAUGUUGAAAUAAAAUUUGAGGUCACACACAAAUCAACAAAAUAAUAAAGAAAAUGGAAAAAAAAAAUGCCACCCCAGGUACUCCCCACUGCCCGUGUAACGGUGUUGACCCUGGAUCUAGCACAUGUAAUCUUUUCUAAGGUAUUGUUAAUAAAUACGAUGUCGUUUGUAAAGA